UCAUUGAUCUUUUCCUGUAAGUUUGUUCAGUUGUCCCAUGUUCUUUCCCUGGCUGUAAUAAAUCUUGUUUUCUAGAUUUACGUAAGAGCACAAUUUGAAUAUGAUCCUGUAAAGGACGACCUCAUACCCUGUAAAGAAGCUGGUAUCAGGUUUAGGGUUGGAGAUAUUAUCCAGAUUAUUAGUAAAGAUGACCACAACUGGUGGCAAGGCAAACUGGAAAAUGCCAAAAAUGGUACAGCUGGUCUCAUUCCAUCUCCCGAGCUUCAAGAAUGGCGAGUUGCUUGCAUUGCAAUGGAAAAAACAAAGCAGGAGCAACAAGCCAGUUGUACUUGGUUUGGGAAGAAAAAGAAGCAGUAAAGAUAAAUACUUGGCAAAGCACAAUGCAGUUUUUGAUCAAUUAGAUCUAGUCACUUAUGAAGAAGUUGUGAAACUGCCUGCCUUUAAAAGGAAAACACUAGUACUUCUAGGUGCACAUGGUGUUGGCAGACGACACAUAAAGAAUACACUAAUUACUAAACAUCCUGACAGAUUUGCUUACCCUAUCCCGCACACAACAAGACCUCCAAAGAAAGAUGAAGAAAAUGGGAAGAAUUACUUCUUUGUAUCUCAUGACCAAAUGAUGCAAGAUAUCUCCAACAAUGAAUACUUGGAAUAUGGCAGCCAUGAGGAUGCUAUGUAUGGGACAAAACUGGAAACAAUACGAAAGAUCCAUGAGCAGGGACUUAUUGCAAUACUUGAUGUAGAACCUCAGGCUCUUAAAGUCCUGAGAACAGCAGAAUUUGCUCCUUUUGUGGUCUUUAUUGCUGCACCUACAAUUACCCCGAGCGAUGAGUCUCUUCAACGCCUGCAGAAAGAGUCCGAGAUCCUCCAGAGAACAUAUGCACACUACUUUGAUCUAACAAUUAUUAACAAUGAAAUUGAUGAAACUAUUAGACAUCUGGAGGAAGCCAUUGAGCUUGUGUGCACAGCACCACAGUGGGUUCCAGUGUCCUGGGUCUAUUAG